UUUCUCCCUUCCCUCCCCCUCCUUCACCGGCUGUAGCUUUUGAAUUAGCAAGGGAGAUUCACGUGCCAGUGUUUGGGGAUCUGGAAGAGAACGCUUAACAGGGCUCCCUCAGAGUCUUGCCUGCUUGAGAUCGUUGGGGCUCCAUUUAUUUUAUUUAUUUAUUUUUUUGCCCACCAUCUAGCUGUGCCACAGAGCUUGGAUCUAAGAGCGAAGGCUGCCAGUCUGAAGCAGCGUUAGGAAUUUAUCUUUCGGGGCAAACUGCAGCAGUCUGUUUUAGGAUUUGAAGGACACAAAAUACUGUAUACAUGGCAAAGAACAUAACGUUUCUUCAGACAGUUUUAAUGUUCUUACUACAUGGUUGCAUAUUGGCUGAAGGUGCUGAUACAAGAGCAAGUUGCCGAACAGCUCCAGCAGAUUUAGUUUUCAUCUUGGAUGGCUCCUACAGCGUUGGCCCAGAAAACUUUGAAAUAAUCAAAAGAUGGUUGUUCAAUAUUACAAGUAACUUUAACAUAGGACCAAAAUUUAUUCAGGUUGGAGUAGUACAGUACAGUGAUUAUCCUGUACUUGAAAUUCCUCUGGGUUUUUAUGAUUCCAAUGAGAAUCUAAUCAGAGAAAUGGCAUAUGUACAGUAUUUGGGUGGAAAUACAAGAACAGGCAGAGCCAUUCAGUUUGCAAUGGACCAUCUAUUUGCUAAAUCAGAAAGAUUCCUUACAAGGAUCGCAAUUGUUCUGACUGAUGGUAAGUCCCAAGAUGAAGUCAAAGAGGUGGCUGCUGAAGCCAGGAGAAACAAGAUCACACUGUUUGCCAUUGGCGUUGGUUCUGAAACUGAAGAGGAUGAACUGAAAGCAAUUGCCAACAAACCCUCUUCUACAUAUGUGUUCCAUGUUGAAGAUUAUAUGGCAAUAUCCAGAAUAAGGGAAGUGAUAAAGCAGAAACUCUGUGAAGAAUCAGUUUGCCCAACAAGAAUUCCAGUGGCAUCUCGGGAUGAAAAAGGAUUUGAUAUUCUUUUAGGUUUAGAUGUGAAAAAAAAGGUGAAGAAAAGAAUUCAGAUUCCAAGCACUAAUGUAAAAGCUUAUGAAAUCAUUUCCCGGGUUGAUCUGACAGAAUUGACAAGAAAUGUAUUUCCAGAAGGCCUUCCUCCAUCAUAUGUAUUUGUAUCUACACAGCGAUUUAAAGUUAAAAAAACAUGGGAUUUGUGGAGGAUUCUAAGCCAAGAUGGAAUACCACAAAUAGCUGUUACUGUAAUCGGAGAAAAGAAAACAUUAUCCUUUACUACAACAGACCUAGUCAAUGGCGGUCAGGUUGUUACUUUUACUGCACCCCGUGUAAAGACAUUGUUUGAUCAAGGCUGGCAUCAAAUUCGUCUCUUAGUAACUGAAGCUGAUGUAACAUUGUACAUAGAUGAUCAAGAAACUGAAACGAAGCCAUUGCAUCCUGUUGCAGGAAUUUAUAUUAGUGGAGUGACUCAAAUAGGAAAAUAUACAGGAAAAGAAGAGACUGUGCAGUUUGAUGUCCAAAAAUUAAGGAUUUAUUGCAGCCCAGAACAAAACAGCCGUGAAACAGCCUGUGAAAUACCUGGCGUUAAUGGAGAGUGCAAGAAUGGACCUAGCGAUGUAGGAUCUACACCACCUCCUUGUAUUUGUCCUCCAGGAAAACAAGGACCUCCAGGACACAAAGGUGAUCCAGGACAACCUGGGAAUCAUGGCUUCCCUGGAGAACCUGGUCCAGAUGGUAAGCCUGGUUAUCAAGGAGUAGCAGGUACUCCAGGAUCACCAGGGAUUCAAGGUCCACGUGGCCUUCCAGGUGCAAAAGGUGAACCUGGGACAGAUGGAACAAAGGGUGAACGUGGAGUUCCAGGUUUCCCUGGAUUACAUGGAAUUCCAGCAUCUAAGGGAGACAGAGGACCUAAAGGAGAUCAAGGCAUACCAGGAAUUUAUGGGAAAAAGGGUGCAAAUGGUGAAAAAGGUUCUGCAGGACUUCCUGGAAUACCUGGACGGGUUGGAGAACCUGGGAGGAAUGGGAAGGAUGGCGGACCUGGAAUUCCAGGUUUUAAGGGAGAAGUUGGACAACAGGGUCCUCCAGGACCAGAAGGAAGACGGGGGAAUCCAGGAAUUCCUGGGAUCCCUGGAGCUCAAGGAAUAAAAGGAGAUAAGGGUGAAAAUGGGCUGCCAGGAGAAGAAGGGACAAAAGGAUCACCAGGGUUACCUGGUCUUCCUGGACCUGAGGGAUCAUUGGGUUUACCUGGAGGUCCUGGUCCUAAGGGCAACAAGGGUGAACAAGGACCCCAAGGGAAAUCAGGAAAUCCAGGCACCAAGGGAGAACAAGGAAGACUGGGUGAUUCAGGUGAACCAGGCUAUCCUGGCAUGCCUGGUCCUCCCGGUUUGAAGGGAGAGAAAGGAAAUCAGGGUGAAAAAGGCAUCCAGGGUCAAAAGGGUGAAGGAGGCAAAACCGGUACUCCAGGCCAUAAGGGAUCUAUGGGAUUAAAAGGAGAUAAAGGAGAGAUAGGUGAGAAAGGAAAUCCCGGCUUCCAUGGCAUCCAUGGUCAGAAGGGGGAACCAGGAGUGAAUGGCUUGAUGGGUUCUCCAGGACCACGGGGAAUACAAGGAGAGAGGGGGUUCCCAGGAAUCUCUGGAUCAGAUGGAAAACCCGGAAGAGGUUUCUCAGAAGAAUUUAUUCGGCAAGUCUGUGCAGAUGUGCUGAGAACCCAGUUGCCUGCUAUACUUAGGGACAGAAGGUUCCAGCAUUGCGAUCAUUGCCAAUCUCCUGAUGCCAUCUCCGGACCUCCUGGUCCACCAGGCCUGACUGGUCCACAAGGUCCUCGAGGUUUUCCUGGUUUGCCAGGAAAUGAUGGCGUUCCAGGUCUGGCAGGAGUUCCUGGGCGUCCUGGAUCUCGUGGCACAAAAGGACUACCAGGAAAAAAUGGAGCUAAAGGAAACCAAGGUAUUGGACUCCCUGGAAUUCAAGGCCCUCGUGGACCUCCAGGUGCUGAAGGCCCACCUGGGAUAGGUAAAGAAGGAAGUCCUGGACAACGUGGGGAGCCUGGGAAAGAUGGAGAACGUGGAAGUCCUGGAAUCCCAGGGCAAAAUGGACAGCCUGGAAUUUGUGACCCAUCUCUGUGCUUCAGUGCAAUUGUAGGAAGAGAUCCAUUUAGAAAGGGACCAAGUUAUUAAUCUGAGGUGGCGAAGUAGCCUUGGUGCUUGCCCUUGAUGAUCUUUCAAGACUCAGGAAGAAAACUGGCAAUAAUUCCAAUUCCUAGGAACUAAAGUACCUCUUAUGGUGUAAAAUAAUAUGGUAAAAAAAAAUUCCCAUAUUCAGUGUAUGGAAUUUGGGGCUCUGAUCCAGUUGAAUUUAGUUAUCACAGAAAAUAGCGACAGCAGUUUCUUCUCCUUAUCUUAAAUCACGACUGCUUGUCCAAUAUGGCUUACUCUUUGUAUUCCAACUUUUUCUCCAAUGUGUUUAGUUUGGUAAUUAUGUUUGCCCAGCAGCACGUGCUGGAAUCUGGAUUGGUCUCUCUGCACUUGGUAAUCAAGUGUAAAUCACUGUGAAGAUUUUUCUAUUCAGCCGGCAUAUACACCUCUUAAUUUUAAUGGAACAUUGCUGGUUGUUAUUUCACAUGUUGAUAAAUUUCCCCAAUUUCUGUGUCUUUCAUAUUGAAAAAGACACAAACUAUCUGUUUCUCAAUGUCUAAUUUAUCAUUGGGCAAUUUGAUGCAAUGUAUUUUUAGCUAUGCUGACCUUAAUGAAUUUAUGCAAAAUAUUCAAUUAUAUGCUUCUAUCCACAACAAAAACAUAUCUGGAAGCUUCUGAAAUAGACUAAAAUGUGCAUUUAAAAUGUUGGUUUCUAAGUAUAGUCUGGCAAAGGUUUUCUGUUGUUGAAAAGCAAAUCUUCACAGAGUAAAGCAUAAACUUAUUUAAUCUGUUCAUCCUGAUUACAGAACGUGAGUUUACCAUUUUUUUCUAUAGAAUUGUAAAUGUCAAACCAAAAGUUUACAAGAGACCUCUGAUGCUUCCUCAUAAUUACAGUCUCUGCAAUGUUGCUUUUUUUCAGUGUUCAUUUUGUAAAAUGAGAUGCAUUCAACAAACGUGCUGGCAUCGUAAUCAACUCAGUUGUACAAUUUCCAUCCGGAUCUGAAUUGGUGUUAAAUAUUAAUGCAAAGAUUUCAUGGAAACUGCAUUUAUACAGAGCGUAAACUGCAUUUAACUAGCUACAGUUGCUGGUUUUUCUGCCAUCAUUUUAAUAUGCUUGACAU